AUGUCCCAGCUGCGGGAGGCCGAGGAGGCCCUGGCCGCCAAGCAGCUCCUCAUCGACCAGCUCAAGGCGGAGGCCGAGCGGCAGCGGGCGGCGCUCGAGACCGUCCCCGUCCUGCAGGCCCAGGCCGACAUCUUCCGGGCGGACUUCGAGGCGGAGCGGGCGGCGCGGGAGCAGCUCCACGCGCAGCGCGAGCGGCUGCAGGAGAGCGUGAGCGCGCUGCGGCGGCGCUGCCAGCGCCUGCAGGAGCAGGGCGACGCCUGGGCCCGCAUGGAGGAGCUGCGGAACCGCCACGCGGAGCAGCGGCCCCUGCCCGGGGCCCUGGGGGGGUCGCCCCCCCCCGGCGAGGAGGAGCCCCCCCCGCUGUGCUGCCCCAAGUGCCAGUACCGGGCGCCCGACAUGGACACGCUGCAGGUGCACGUCAUGGACUGCAUCAAGUGACA